AUGCACGCAAUUCCCAUGAGCUCCGACAACAGCGAGUCUGAAAAUCAGGAGCUCGCUCGAAGUUUGCAAUCCUCGCCCAGCAAUACAGCAUCCGUGCCUAGCAAGCAAAAUGGUCGCUCCCUUGCCACAACGCACUCCGCCCUACUUGACGGACUUGAAUUGUCACUUUCCAUCAUCAGUAUUGGCUUUAUCUGUCUUUUCCUCUUGAUCCUUAACACCUGCCUCUACCUCAAACGCCUACCUUUCGAACCCUUGUUCUCUCUUGUCUGCACCAUCUUGUACUUCCUAUUCGUCACCAUCAAGACAGUCUUCAAGGUCCUGAGUAUCGUCUCGAAGAUCUUGAUUUGCUCACUGCAGAUUUUGAGACGUAUUCUUCCAUUUUUGAUUACAACCUUCAUCGCAUACGUGGCUACCUCUGUAUUCGUGUUUGUACGGGAUUUCAAGGAUGAUUUGCAUACAUUCAACACAGAGUAUGGUCGCAUGCAUUAA